GCUCCGUUGCACGGACGUGUCGUCAGAUCAUCGCUAGCCUAAGCACAAAACUUUCGCUUACGAGUGUGUUUGUAAAUAAAAGGCACUUUCAAAGUUUUAGUAAAUCUAAAAUAUGGAUUCGUUUGGUCUUUAUAAGUUUAAUAGUACUUUCGAUUGUUUACGUUAAACAACAAGUGUAUGUUGUAGUGAAUGUGAUAGUUGUACAAAAAGAUUUAGCGGUGAUUUGACAACAAAGGAUCGACCCCGGCAGCUUUUACUUUAAAUGCUCAUAGAUCAUCAACAUGGGUAAAGAUUAUGGAGAACCCAUACGGUAUGAGCCGGACUUUAAGGGGCCCGUCCACAACCGAUCCUGCACCGACAUCUUAUGGCUAAUUGUAUUCAUCCUGUUCCUCUGCGCCUGGGGAUACGUCGGAUAUUAUGGUAUGACGAACGGGAACGUGGAGAAGCUACUGGCACCCAUAGACUCCCGAGGUCACCGGUGCGGUAUGGACUCCGGUCUUGAGGAUAGAAAGUACCUCAUGUUCUUCGACCUCACGCGCUGCUUGUCCCCAGGGACGCCAAUCACCGGCUGCCCUACACAGCAAAUAUGUGUGAACAAGUGUCCAGAUGAAACGAUUGUGUUUCCAACCAGGAUAACGAACGCAGCGUCGUUCGAGCAAGUUCGUAACAAGAUGGUGUGCACCGAUGACGUCAGCGUGUCCACCAUGACAUAUACGCAGGCGCUUGAAAACAUCAAAGCCGGCAAAUGCGCGAGUUUUGUACUGAGAAGUCAGCCAGUGUUGUUCCGCUGCAUCGGCGACCUCUCGACGAUACAAUGCAGGGACACCAAGCCGGGGUCCAAGUGGACAGAGGUCAGCGGAGGAGAGACUUGCGUGCGGGACCCGCAGGCCGCGCAGAGGUCGUUACUGAAUAGUGCCACAGCACUAGACUCUUAUGUUGGCUGGAUCGCCGCUAGUUGGGUCACCUACUUCACCAACAACGAGCGGGAGACACACGUCCUAUCAUCACAAAUAGUUCAAGACCUGGUGCAGUCGCGGUGGUACAUGGCAGGUGCGAUGUUGGCCGUAGUGGUGCUCUGCUUCAUCUACAUCUUGCUGUUGCGUUGGCUGGUCGCGCCCGUCGUCUGGCUCUCCAUCGCCGGACUGCACGUGCUCUUCGGCUUCUCAAUAUACCUGUGCUACAAGAAUUACAUAUACUAUCGCGACAAUCCAGUCAGUCUCAUUCAAACGACGAACCUGAAGGGAUACGCUCAGUCCAUCUUCACGAAGCAAGAGACCUGGAUGACGCUACUGGUGGUGCUGGCUAUCGCGUUAACUAUACUGCUCUUUAUCAUCAUAUUCCUGAGGAGUCGAAUUGUUAUCGCCAUUGCACUAAUAAGAGAAGGAAGCAAGGCAGUGACAGCUAUCAAGUCGACGGUGCUGUUCCCGAUAUUCCCAUGGCUGGUUCAGUGCGCGGCGAUAGCGUACGGCGUGCUCGUACUCAUGUAUCUGUUGUCUAUCGGCGAACCCGCCUUCCGCGUCGUCAAUUUAAACAACGAUACAAGUUGCGACUGCAGCGGCGUAUAUACUGAAGAUUACGUAAGUUGCGAUCCAGCAACGUUUACGUUAAAGUGCCGCGACACUAGCGCCGGCGCGGGCGCGCUGGCAACCUGCCGCCUCGCCUCCUGUCACUUCACCGGCCUCGAUGGUCCGCACAGCAUCGUCUACUUACACUUGGUGAAUCUGCUGGGUUUCUUCUGGACGAUGUUCUUCAUCAGCGGCGUGGCGGACAUGAUGCUGGCGAGCACCUUCUCUACCUGGUACUGGACCACAAAUAAGAAGAACCUGCCUUUCUUCACGCUCACUGCUGGCAUCUAUAGGACGCUGCGAUAUCACCUCGGUACUGUAGCUCUUGGUUCACUCAUCAUAGCUAUAGUUAGAGUAAUAAGAGUCAUUCUGGAGUACAUCGAUCAUAAAAUAAAGAAGUUCGACAACUCGUUCACUCGCUGCAUUUUAUGUUUCUGUAAAUGUUUCUUCUGGUGCUUGGAGAACUUCCUCAAGUUCAUCAACAAGAAUGCGUACAUAAUGUGCGCGGUGCACGGCAAGAACUUCUGUUCCAGCGCCAGAGAUGCCUUCUCUUUGCUCAUGAGGAAUAUCGUCAGAGUUGUCGUACUUGAUAAGGUGACCGAUUUCAUAUUCUUCCUAUCAAAGCUGCUGAUAUCAAUCGGUGUUGGUUUCGCGGUGUACUACCUGCUGCAGGUGAACUACCUGUACGAGGUGACGCGCGGCGAGCGGCUGCACCACAACUACAUCCCAGCUGUCAUACUCAGUGUUGCCACAUACCUUAUCUGCACUAUAUUCUUUAAUGUAUACUCUAUGGCUGUGGACACCCUGUUUCUCUGCUUUUUGGAAGACUGCGAAAGAAACGAUGGAUCAGCGGAGAAACCUUACGCUAUGUCUAAAAACCUUAUGAAAAUACUUGGAAAGAGAAAUAAGAUUGAGUAGUUUAGAUAUUAGUAAGUGCCAAAUAUGGAAAAAGUGUUGUGACUUUCUUUUGAUGUUGCCACACUGACUAACUUUUUAACCUAUUAUUGAUUUU